ACAGCUGUGUAGUCCAGAAGCUGCUGCUCAGCUGAUGUGUCAGAUCUCCUCUGGGUUAGACCGGGUUAGACCGGGUUAGAUCGGGUUAGAUCGGGUUAGACCGGGUUAGAUUAGGAUCUAGGCUCGACUCCUUUGUUGUACUGGAUGUGAUCAUGUGAUGUCGGUGCACGUUGACUCUCCUCUGUGUUGUUAGCCGAGCAGCUAACCUCAGGUCCUGUGCUCUCCAGUGUUCAUGUGACAGUCUUCCUCAGUGAGCAGUGGAUGAGUGCCCCCCCCAGGAUGGCGACCUGUGGCCGGAAGGACUCCCCGGAGCUGCCGGACUUCUCUCUGCUGAAGCGGCUGGCCCGGGACCAGCUGAUCUACCUGCUGGAACAGCUGCCGGGGAAGAAGGACCUGUUCAUCGAGGCCGACCUGAUGAGUCCACUGGAUCGGAUCGCUAACGUUUCAACUCUGAAGCAACAUGAGGUUGACAAACUCUACAAAGUGGAAUAUAAACCCAUUGUCAGCAUCUCAGACCAACUCUGUUUUCUGAUCCGGCCAAGAAUACAAACUGUAAAGUGGAUCUGUGAUGUGGCCAAUGCAGACAAAGCUGCAGGAAGAUUCAGAAGAUACAAGAUCAUCUUCACCCCUCAGAAGUUCUUUGCGUGUGAGGCGGUGCUGGAGGAGCAGGGGGUCUUUGGUGAUGUGACCAUUGAUGAAUGGGCGUUCUACCUUCUUCCACUUGACGAUGACAUCAUCAGUCUGGAGCUGCCAGAAUUCUAUCGAGACAACUUCCUGGCAGGCGACCAGCGCUGGGUGAGGACCGCCGCCAGCGCUCUGCACCUCCUGCACUCGGUCUACGGCCCUUUCUCAAAGAUCUACGGGAUUGGAAGAUGUUCCAAGAUGACGUACGAGUUGUGGAGGGAGCAGGUAGAAGAGGGAGAGACAAAAACCUGUCAGGCUGAAAUAGGAAAAGUGUUUCUUAUCGACAGAGAUGUGGACCUGGUCACUCCUCUGUGCUCUCAAGUGGUCUACGAAGGACUCGUGGAUGAUAUAUUUAGAAUCAAAUGUGGAUGUGUGGACUUUGGAGCUGAUGUUACUUCCUCUGAUAAAAGUUUGAAGGUCAUGCUGAACUCUAAGGAUAAGGUCUUCAACGAAAUCAGAAACGAGCAUUUCUCCAACGUCUUUGGUUUUCUAAGUCAGAAGGCCAGAAAUCUCCAGACUGCUUAUGAUAAGCGUCGGGGGAUGGACAUCAAGCAGAUGAAGACCUUUGUGUCAGAAGACUUAAAAGGUUUAAAACAGGAGCAUCGACUGCUAAGCCUGCAUAUCGGUGCGAGUGAAUCAAUCAUGAAGAAAAAGACCAAGCAGGAUUUCCAGGAGCUGCUGAAAACCGAACACUCUUUACUUGAAGGAUUUGAAAUCCGUGAAUGUAUUUCUUUCAUAGAGGAGCAUAUCAACAGACAGGUCUCCAUGAUAGAGAGUCUCAGGCUACUUUGUCUUCUAUCCAUCACAGAAAAUGGACUCCUGCCAAAAGAUUACCGCUCGUUAAAAUCACAGUAUCUACAGAGCUACGGAGUGGAACACCUGCUCACAUUCGCCAACCUGCGUCAGGCCGGGCUGCUGGUGGAGCAGCAGCCGGGGGAGACCCUGACUGUCAUGGAGAGCAAAGUGGGGAAGCUGGUCAACGACAAAGCUGCAGGAAAGCUGACUGACGCCUUCUCCUCUCUGGCGAAGAAGAGUAAUUUCAGAGCCUUGAGCAAAAAGCUGAACCUGGUGCCCAAGUCAGAUGAAGAAUAUGACCUGCGUGUUCCACGGGACAUGGCUUACAUCUUCAGCGGAGCCUACGUCCCGAUGAGCUGCAAGGUCAUCGAGCAGGUGCUUGAGCGAGAUGGAUGGGCGGGGCUUGAAGAAGUCACCAAGCUGCUGAAUGGACAUGACUUUUCUGUUACAGGGAGCAACGGAGCAGAUUCCAGAGCAAAGACCGAUGCUCAGCGCAUCGUGCUGGUCAUGUUCCUCGGAGGCUGCACCUUCUCUGAGAUCUCAGCCUUACGCUUCCUCGGCAGAGAGAGAGGUUAUAAGUUCAUUGUGGUAACAACUGCGAUCACCAACAGUUCGAGGCUAAUUGAAGCUUUGCUCAACCAUGAGUGAGACGUGUCAUCAUGACGGACAGGAAGCACACGUCUGAGUGACCUCAUCGGACAGGAAGCACACGUCUGAGUGACCUCAUCGGACAGGAAGCACACGUCUGAGUGACCUCAUCGUGCUUCGUGUCCUCCAGCUCCGACAGAGAGAACGUUUCCGCUCUGAUUCCGUGAGGACAGAUGUAAAGAUGUGUCAUGUAAAUACAGUGAAUGUUUUUAACAAAAGUUGAAGCUUGUCCUUUCUGUCUCAAUUCCUAAAUAUAUAAAACAGAUUGGCUUGUUGUUGUGUCAUAUGAUUAGAAUAAAAGACACAAUGUCAAUUCCAAAUCGUGUAUAAAGAAUUAUCUCAUGCA